CAGAUGUUACUCCACGUGUACGGCUAGAUCUCCAUCUCUCCAACGAAUCGCUAGCUGUACGUCAAUAAUACCUUCGAGAUUAGGUUUUCCACUAUCACACAUAUCUCUCUCAUCGCCGCUCGAUAACACAAAAAUCUCAUUUUCUCUCGAUCUCUCUUUAAAAAUCAGGUCUUUUUCGCAACCGAGUAUGGAGAUGGAACGCGCGAUCGAGUUUCCACACACGAACAUGGAUCGACGGCCCCGGAAACGACAGCGUUUGGGCUGGGAUGUUGUUCCUCAGGCUCCUAAGGCUCAGGUAGGAUUGUUUUAUGGACAAGAUGUUGGGAAUCUGAAUGGCUUUACUUCAAAGGCACCCACAGACAAUACUAGUUCUUUAUUUGUUAAGGGAGUGGCACGAAAUGGUUCUCCCCCAUGGCGACCAGACGACAAAGAUGGACAUUUUAUGUUUGCGGUUGGAGAUAAUCUAACAUCUCGCUAUAAAAUUAUGAGCAAGAUGGGUGAAGGCACAUUUGGCCAGGUCUUAGAGUGUUGGGAUAAAGAGAGAAGGGAAAUGGUUGCAAUCAAGAUUGUUCGUGGUAUCAAGAAAUAUCGCGAGGCAGCAAUGAUUGAAGUUGAUGUACUGCAACAGCUUGGUAAAAAUGAUAAAGGGGGGAAUCGCUGUGUGCAAAUAAGGAACUGGUUUGACUAUCGUAACCAUAUCUGUAUUGUUUUUGAGAAGCUAGGACCAAGCUUAUACGAUUUUCUACGGAAAAACAAUUAUCGCUCCUUUCCCAUUGAUCUUGUCCGUGAGAUUGGCAGACAACUCUUGGACUGUGUAGCAUUCAUGCAUGAUUUGCGUCUCAUUCACACUGAUUUGAAGCCAGAGAACAUAUUACUUGUGUCUCCGGAGUAUGUAAAAAUUCCUGAUUACAAGGGUUCAUCACGAUCACCUAUAGACAGUUCGUAUUGUAAGAGGAUUCCCAAGUCCAGUGCUAUUAAAGUAAUUGAUUUUGGCAGUACUACAUAUGAUCGUCAAAAUCAGACUUACAUUGUAUCGACCCGGCACUAUCGUGCACCAGAAGUUAUAUUAGGACUCGGAUGGAGUUUCCCUUGUGAUAUAUGGAGCGUAGGUUGCAUUCUUGUCGAACUUUGCUCGGGUGAAGCGUUGUUUCAAACACAUGAAAACCUAGAGCACCUUGCUAUGAUGGAGAGGGUCCUUGGCCCAAUGCCUCAACACAUGUUAAAAAGAGUAGACCGUCACGGGGAGAAGUAUGUAAGAAAGUCGAGGUUGGACUGGCCAGAUGGUGCAGCCUCUAGAGAUAGCAUCAAAGCUGUUCUGAAGCUGCCUCGGCUCCAGAACCUAAUCAUGCAGCAUGUUGAUCAUUCUGGGGGUGAUUUUAUACAUCUCCUUCAGGGCUUGCUCAGAUACGAUCCUUCUGAAAGAUUGACAGCACGGGAAGCCUUGAGACACCCAUUUUUUACCGGUGAUAAUCUCAGGAGAUGAGCAAGAGAAAUAAAAAGAAACUCAAUGAACCAAACACCUGUGUAUCUCUUCUCACCAAUGCAGUCUUUAGUUUAGCCUGGAUGUAUUGUUUUCCAUGAGUUUGCUAGUGUAUAUAAAGAGGUUGAUCAGUUGAUGCAGCUCAUUUUGUUGUUUGGCGUGUUGUCUUUUCACAAAACAUAAAUUGUUUAAUCCGAGGCAAAAAAAAUUAUACUCUGGAUUAUCAGCAAGUUGAUAAUUCCUAACAUCUAGAGCUGCAGACCUCUGUUUCAGUGUGGUGAUAUAUGAAUCUGGUACCUCAAUUAAA